AUGAAUUGUGGCUGCUGCUUUGGUGGAUGUGUCAGAGCAUUAUGCUGCUGCGGCUCAGCUUCAUGUCGAGACCAGGACAACAUGGGAAUCGAGUUUGCAAUGAACUACACUGGGCUUUCAGUUUGCCACGCAGCAAUUCUAGAGCUCAACACUCCUCUCGACCGAUCAACCAUGACCGGCGCCUGGUACAAGACCCUUCAGACUCAUCCCUUUUUACGCGCAAAAUGGUGCAGCGGCUUCAUCUCCACAGUCAAAGGAAAUACAGAGCCAACCUAUUUGGACAUAACACAGAGCCAAGAAAUGGUAGAUCAGCUGAUUUUUCACUCGAACAAAGAUGCGAAAUUCGCGGAACUGACUGUUUGCGAACAAGGAUUGACAAUUCAAAUUCUAGUGACGAUUCCCCAUUCCCUCGCAGAUGGAACAGCAAUGAUGAUCAUUCUCAACGACCUUCUGAAAUUCUACGAAAAGCCGCAUCAAUCUGCGAUUUUGGACGAGGUCUAUCCCGUUCAAGCCGAAAAACUCAAGCCAGAACUGACCAAAGAAGCCCAAAAUAACUACAAGGAAAAAGUACUCGCCAAGCAGAAAGAAUUCAAGAACAUCGUUCCUCAUCACAAGAACUCCAGAAGGCAGCAAAAAGCUUCUUCAUUUUUGUCGAAAGAAUGGAAUCACGAUUGGCACUUUUUGAUGGCCGCGUUCAAUUUUGUCAACUCUCGAGUCAUUCAAAAACUCGGAAACGAGUUGAAAAUGGACAUUGACUACAAUCUCCGAGAUCGGUUUCCUCAGAAGCUUGGGAACACUGUUGUAGCAUGCUACAUCGGACUCGGAAGCAUUAAUCCCAAAGCUGACUUUAGCGAAACGAUGGUCGACGUAGCCAAACGAAUCAAAAAAGAAAUCAACGAGCAACUUGAAAACCAAGAGCCUUUUAUGGUUGGAGCGUUUAUGGAGGCAGCACAAAUGAAACCCGAAAAUAACCAUAUCGACGGUAGCGUUAACUUUUCCAAUGUCGGAAAAUACAAAUUCGACACAGAAUUCAGCUUCGGCAAAAUUCGCGAGCUUUAUUGCUCUGGCAACAAGUGGAUCAAUUCCUACGAGUACGGGCUGCUCUUCCAGACAACUGAUAAACUCUGCGUUACGAUCACCCACCCGGACAUGAAAGAAUACAACGAAACUGCUCAAAUCUAUCUCCAAGGACUCAUCGAUGUUGCCGAAGCGCCAGAAGUUUAUGGAGAUAUGACGCUGAGACACUUCGCGAACAUAUAA